AUGGCAGAAGACCUUAAUCAUUUUGCUAAAUAUCAAACCUUUUCUUCAUAUUCAACAAUAUUUAACGAAAUGGAUGCUCAAUCCUAAACUUAAGCUUUAAGAAGAAAUCCAUUAGAAUAUUAUACAAAGAGAGGCUUAGAUCCACCAAAAACAAUCUAUGGAGAUCCAGCUAAAAUUCUUGAUCACUAAGAUCCUUAAAAAUAAGAUUAAACUAAAGAAGUUAAUAUUGUUGGAUCGGUUCAUCACUUUGCAAGUGAAAUAAAUCGCUUAUGUUAGGAAGUUGGCAAAAUAAUAUAAAAACCUUAAGCUAUCAAAGAUCAGUUGAAUCAUAAAAAGAAAAAAUCUUAAGAUAAACUGCAUAAUCAUCCUUCCAGUGAUAUGUAAAUUUAAUCACUCUAAUAAAUUAACUCUUUCAAUGAUUUUAAUUCAUAAAUUCAACAAUAGAAUCAAUAACUACAAUUAUAAGAUUAAUUAUAUGAUUAAUAACAUAUUAGAGGGAAUUAAUCAAUCAGACCUAAUGGUUUAAAACAAAAUCUAUAAUUAUCAUUAUCACCAUAAAAUUAAUAAAUAGAUUCGUUAUAACAAUAAGUAUAGAAUUCAUAACAUAGAGAUGAAUAAUCAUUCCAUGCUUAAAAAAAAACAGUAUAAUAAUUAUAUUAAAGAAAUCAUAAAUCUGGUAUUCUAAUUUAUCAUAUUUCUUUUAGUAUUUUCUGUAGAGGAAUAGUCAAGAAAAAUAAAAAACAAUCAAAAACCUUAUGUGAGUUCUCUUACUGAAUUAGCACAACAUUAGGAUGAAGAAAUAUAAAAGGCUAUUAAAAUAUUAUAGGGAGGAUAAAAGAAACCUUGA